AUGAGUGGCAGAAACCUCAAAUUAUCUGAUCAGAGGAUUCCGUCAUGCCCUGGCGAGGAAGACCUCGAAGCCGCCAAAGUGACAUCUCUCAACGCCGAAACCCAUACGAAAGACCCAAAUCUCGUCACUUGGAGUGGCCCGGACGACCCAGAGGAUCCCAAGAACUGGCCUAAUAAGUUGAAAUGGCAGAAUACCUGCGCAAUCUCACUUUUCGUUUUUAUCUCGCCCGUCUCAUCGUCUAUGAUCGCACCCGCCAUGCAGAAUCUUGGAAGUGAUCUUGGAAUGCACACGGACAUCGAAAUAUACCUUUCCAUGGCUAUAUUCAUUCUCGCCUACGCCAUUGGCCCAAUAUUCUUUGGCCCUGCAUCGGAGCUCUACGGCCGUGUGCGUUUGCUUCAGGUCAGCAACGUGUGGUACUUAGCGUGGAAUCUGGUUUGCGGAUUCGCCAAAACCAAGGCUCAGUUAUUUGCGUUUCGCUUUCUCGCGGGAAUCGGUGGCAGUGCGCCUCUGGCAAUUGGAGGAGGUGCUGUCAGCGACAUGUGGAGUGCCGAAGAGCGAGGCAAAGCCAUGGGUGUCUACACGCUUGGACCGCUCCUUGGACCGGCCAUUGGACCUAUUGCUGGGGGCUUCAUUGCGCAGUACUCGACAUGGCGCUGGGUCUUUUGGGCCAGCUCUGCCGCAGCUGUCGUGGUCCAGCUAGCUGGGCUCAUCUGGUUGCGCGAAUGCCACCCGGCUACCCUCCUACGAAAGCGACGAGACCGUCUCGUCAAAGACACAUGUAACAAUGAUCUUUAUGUUGAAGAAAAGGCUGAAACUCUCAUCUACAAACUUCUCCACGCCUUCGAGCGGCCGGUACUUCUAUUUACAACCCAGCCCAUCGUCACCUGUAUGGCUCUCUACAUGGCCUACCUCUUUGGAGUAACAUACCUCAUGCUCGCAACUUUCCCGGACAUCUGGACAGAGGUCUACAAUGAGCCCCUCGGCACCAGUAGUCUCAACUACAUCUCGAUCGCUCUCGGCUCUUUUGCCGGCCUGUUCCUGAAUCUCAAAGUGGUCGACAGCAUCUACAAGACCCUCAAAGCGCGGAACAACAAUACUGCCAAGCCCGAGUUCCGCAUGCCUGCCCUCUUAAUCGGCUCCGUCGUCAGCACUAUCGGCCUCUUCUGGUACGGCUGGAGCAUCGGGACCACGCACUGGAUUAUGCCCAAUAUCGGCGCUGCGAUAUUCUCCGCCGGCACCAUUUCCUGCCUGCAGGGCAUGCAAACGUACAUUGUCGACAGCUACCAGACUUACGCGGCUAGUGCCAUGGCGGCCUGUGCAAUACUGCGCAGCCUAGCAGGCUUUGGGUUCCCGCUCUUUGCGCCUUAUAUGUACAACGCUUUGGGAUAUGGAUGGGGGACCAGCGUGCUGGCUUUUGUUACGAUGCUUAUUGGGUGGACGGCACCGUUUGGUUUCUGGUAUUUCGGGCCGAAACUUCGGGCUGCUUCAAGGUAUGCUGCUGGGUAG